AUGGCCGAAAGCCCACCAGAUCCUCAAAAACAGAUUGUACAAACAGUAGCAGCAGUGCUUAAUGUCAAAGAGGAAAUAAUAAACCAAGCUUUAGUAUUUAAAAAUAUAUCAUUUACUAAGAACGUUGAAAAAGUAUGCGAGAUUUUGAAAACCCAAAAAGAAUCAUGGAAGAGAACAAAAGAGUUGUGCAAUUACUUCCAAAUUUUAGAUCCGUAUGAUCCAAAAUCUACGACAAAUACAAAUACAAGUCAAGAAGUAGGAACGAAAGACCAGACUACAGAUGAAUCUCGUAUUCAAGAAUACAGUAAUGAUAAUAACAAUACUAUCAAAGAUAAACAGGAUGAGAAUGUAAGAGAAUUUACAGGAGAAGAUUUUGCGCUAGCAUUCUUGGAGCUUUGCUGUACAAGCGAAUGUAAAUCGUCAAUACUUUCUAUAAUCGAAGGUAUAAUGGCUUGCAGAGAGAAGAAUUAUUUUGUCAAGGAAAUUUGUUUUGAAAUUGGAGAAGAAGGGAAUGGAUUUUACUUUGAUAAAAGUGGUAGAAACCAGCCAACUAUCAUUUUGAACAAAUGGAUACUCAAAAGAAGAGAAUUUGGCGUUGUUGUUGCUGGUGGAUACUCGCAUUUCAUACCUGUUCCUGCAUACAUAUUAGGCCACGAAAUUCGCCAUGGAAGACACUUCUUGCAGUCAGAAUGCUUGGGAUAUAUGGAAUGCAGUUUGGCAUUCUGUCGAUUCUUCAAUAUGGUGGGACCAUGGACCAUGCUAACUUUGCUAGCAAGCUCCUAUAAAAAGAAUGCCGUUGAAUUCUGUAAGAACGCCGAAGCAGAUUUAAAGCUUGUCAGGAAAAUCAGGGAAGCCUUUGCAAAAUAUGACUUAAACAAGAGAGAUGCAGACCGCCUUGAAACAAUCUUGGAAGAUAUUUCAUUGAAGUAUUUAAAAGAAGAAAAAUACGUCAAUAAGCAGAACCAAAAUUUAUCGAUCAACACCGGUGACAAAUUAUUUUUACAAACUUAUGACAGAGGAUGUUACACAGAAUUGAUCAACAUCUAUGAUGAAUCAGCAAUGAUUUCAUCAAAGAACUCCUCAAUUCGUGGAAAUAAGCUCCUGAUCAAUUAUUGCGUUCCCAGUUACAGCAUCACAAUUCCUUCACAGAACAUGUCGUAUUCUGAUGGCGAACUCUACAGGCAGGUAAUCAUAUUUCAUCCAGCCAUCAAGGCACAACUGCCUAUCAUUAUCAAAGAAGACACACUACUCCUUCGUGCUUCACACAUUCCAUACGAAACGUUUAAAGACUCAUUAUCCAGUUUGGAUCAACCAGAGAAGUUCGUUUUCACAAGUUUAAUGAUGAAUCUCUUUAAAAGAUGCGGUCCUGAAGAUAAAUUACCGAAACUAAAGAAGGGAUGUAUAAUGGAUAUUCGACUCAAUUCUUAUGCGUAUCAGGCUUGGAAGGUAGAUGCAGAAAAAAAAGUUGAGGCUGCAAUCAAUUACAAUCCAGAUAUCAAUGAUCAAAAUAGUGUGAUCUUCAGAUCUGGAGUUGGAGUCGAAUACUUGGAAAAGAGAUUCAAAGAUUUGGAUGAUUUUAAUCUUGAAUGCAUUGAUGCAUUCAUUAGUGAAGUCAAGAAUGAAUUUAAAUCAAUAGAAUCUCCAAAUCAAGUUGUUUCUCCUGCAGACAAUAACAAACAAGAUGAUUCAUCUUCUGCAGACAAUGACAAACAAGAUGAUUCAUCUUCUGCAGACAAUGACAAACAAGAUGAUUCAUCUUCUGCAGACAAUGACAAACAAGAUGAUUCAUCUUCUGCAGACAAUGACAAACAAGAAGGUUUAUCUUCUACAGUCGAUAACAAACAAGAUGAUUUAUCUUCUACAUUCGAUAACAAACAAGAUGAUUUAUCUUCUACAUUCGAUAACAAACAAGAUGAUUUAUCUUCUACUGUUGUUAACAAACAAGAUGAUUCAUCUUCUACAUUCGAUAACAAACAAGAAGGUUUAUCUCCUGCUAACGUUAGAGAAGAAUAUAAAGAAUCAGUAGAUAUGAUUGAUCUUUUCACUAAUCUUCCAACUGAUGAGCCUGCAGAUAAAAUGCCAGAUUCAAAAGAUCAAGACGAACCGAAAAAGACAAUUGAAGAUGAAAUCAAUGAGAUAAUUAAACCAUAUCAAAAACAUAAAUAUGUUCAAAAAAUCAAAUUAAUAUUGAAAUACCUAAAUAUCUCAAAAACUAUCCAAAUUGAUAGGAAUGCUACAUUCAAAAAUGUUGCAGAUGAAGUUCGAAAAAGUUUUGAAUUAUUACAAAAUAUUCCAAAUGAGAGGAUAAGAUUUGCCAUACCUUGGAAGUUGAAAAGCCUUAUUUAUUGUUCUAAUUCACCUCUUUCAUUGUUCUGCCCAAGCCAGGAUUGCCUUGUUCUUAACAUCUACAUCAUUCCUGAAAAAAUCGUACAUGAGAUUCGGAUAUUCCCAUUUAUUAUUUUAUUUAUCUCUAUAAUUUUAAUAUCUCUUUAA